UAACUCUGACAGAUGUUCCGUAAAAAUGAUUUUGAAACUCAGCUUCUCGAUUCAUAAUCUACUAAAAAUAUGGAAUGACUCUUUUUUAAAAGAAGGCUCCAAAGAUGUUAUUGUACUGGUUUCAUUUUAUGGUGUUUGUCAUUGGCAGUGUAAGUAGUGAUGUGGAAUACAGUACCGUUGGACAUUGGAUUCCUGGAGAGGACAAUGAUUUGGAUAGUAGAGCCGAUUUUUUUAAAAGAAAGUGGGGAGUUGAACAUGUUAUGCGUGAUUUGGAACACAUAAAACAUGACAUAAAAGAAAUGAUGGACUUAAAAACCACGGGUAAACUCUCACAACUGGAAAUGUUAUUCUACAUGAUUAGGAUGCACGACUUUGAUAACAAUGGCGGACUGGAUGGUAUUGAAUUUAGAGUGGCGCUCUCUCACAGUUUAGAGCAUAAUACUGAUGCAGUGAAUGAAGAACGCACGGCAGAAAAAAUAGAAGAGAUGAUUGAAAAUUUGAUGAAGGUUGAUGACAACAAUGAUGGUUUUAUAAAUUACGGUGAACUUAGGUCUCAUUUGCAACAAGAACAAAGAGAAGCUGAGAUGAACAAAAAAACAGAAACUUAAAAAAAUCACGUGUUUCACAAAUAUUUUUUUCUUCUUCAUAUGUUUCAACUGUUGUAUUCCAUCAAUAAUAAAAAAGUGUGUUUGACUAAUCAUUAGCCGGAAAAACUUUAA